AUGAUCGCUACUGUCGACAAUUCCAGGAGGAUCGACCACAUAUCGCUCGAUUCAACUUCCUCAAAGCAGAGCGAAUGCGACAUGGCGACGUCGCAGACCCGAUUAGGAGGACGUGGAAGAACCACUGGCGGGGCGGGAUGGACGAUGGUCAAGGCAGCUCUUUUCUCGGUCCUCUUUGCGGUUCCAGGUUCCAUGGCGCAAGACCAAUGCAUUUCAUUAUCGGGUUCAACUACCUGCGGAGCUUUUCAGCCUGCUUCAAUUUCCACUACGAAUGAUGACCUACGGAAAAGAUUCCCCUUUCUUCAAUAUGUCUCGGAUACGGCUUCCUUUGACAGGCAGUUAAGCCAGUACGUCCGCACGAGCUACGUUCAGGAACAAUAUCAGAAUCUUCUAGGAUGCGGCGACAUAGAUCUUGUCAACACUACUAAUUUAUAUGCUCGCUUCACCACUUCCAAGAUCUGCAAUGUUAUCAUUCAGAAAUCCAUUGAACCCUGCGGCCUGUCAGACCGGGCCUCGUUGCCCUUGUGUGCCGACUCUUGCACUGACUUCGCUGAGAGUGAGGCCUACUUGGCGGCCGACACUGACCUUUGCCCUAGCACCAGCGAUCGUCGCCAGGAGCAGAUAAGAGCUGACUUUAUCGAUUGUUCCGUACCACCGCGCUCAUUGACACCUGGUAGUUGUAUACAAGGCAUAGACAAUGAGCCAGAAAACUGUGGAUACGGAGACAGCACUGUUGGAUUGUGCUCAUACUGCGCUUCGGGCGGUAUCAAUUCGACUGACACUUGUUGUUACAAUUCCGAUAUUAAGGCGAGAUGUGCUAACGUGGUCUUACCCACGAUCACGCCGACGAUGACUUUACCAACUGCAAGUGCCUCUGCAAGUUCGACAGCCAGUCCCGCACCUAGUGUUUCGGGCAACAGCGGCCUUUCUGGUGGCGCUAUAGCAGGAAUUGUAAUCGGAUCUGUUGCUGGCCUGGCUCUCUUAGUUUUCCUCCUCCUGAUGUGCCUUAGACUUGCUCGGCGGAGGCGUGGUAGCCAGAAGGGAAGUGUUUUCAACCAGCCUUCGCCUUCCAGAAAAGGACCUCAGACAGCACAGAUUCCCGCAAAUGUGGCAGCGCCCCCCCAGGAGUACGAAGUCCUCCCCGGAGGAAGAAUAGCGCGCAUGUCUGCAUUAGAAGGCCAUACGAGAGACCCGUCCUCGAGACGUGGAGAAUCAAAACAUGGGGGCUCGGUGGGCGCGGCCGCGGCGGGUGCCGCUGCUGGAUAUAUGAUGGGCAGACGAAGGGGAGAUAACCACUCAUCCACAGAUUCAUUUGGAGAUAGUCCUAGGUCGGAACCUCGCGCAGCUAUCUUGCGCCCACCCCCUAUGAACAUUCGCAGACACGGUUCGCUCUCCAGUAGUUCGGUCCUUGCCGGCGAGGAUCCUCAGUCCCCAACUAGUGCCGGCGGUAUGUCAUCUCCUGCUGGCGUCAACAGCCAACAGUCCGAGCAAUUACCGUUCUUCAAGGACUAUUAUUCGCAAGACGACAUCCACCCUGGCGACCGAGUUGCCGUUCUAUGGGCGUAUCAGCCACGCGCAGCCGACGAAUUUUCCUUAGAGCGUGGUGAUAUGUUGAAGGUGGUUGGUAUCUGGGAUGAUGGAUGGGCGACAGGCGUUCUGCUAGACGAACGAGCGGACGAGUGGGAGACGCGAAGACAGGCACAGAGGGACAGUGGUGUUUCGCACACCUCGGGUCGUGGGCGAGAUGCGUCGCCUCCUGCCAGCGGAGAAAUCAAGGCUUUCCCAUUAGUCUGCGUCUGUCUCCCUGAGCACUGGAGGAAGACCAUCGAAGGUGACGGUUCCACGGAGACCGGCUCUAGCGCUCAUCACGGCGGCCAACUUACCUGA